CCCCAGGUAUAAAACUUCCACUGCCACCAGUAAUUCUUGCACAAUUUGGAAAUGAUACAAAAAAGCCUACUGUGUGUUUCUAUGGACAUAUGGAUGUACAACCUGCAAAGAAAGAGGAUGGCUGGAAAACAGAACCAUAUACUCUCAUAGAGGAGAAUGGUAACCUGUUUGGCAGAGGAACUUCUGAUGACAAAGGACAAGUUCUGGCUUUGCUGCAUGCAGUCGAAUCUGUUACAAAAUUUGGUCUUCCAGUAAAUGUGAAGCUUGUGAUUGAGGGAAUGGAGGAAACAGGAUCCCAAGGUCUUGAAAAACUUGUGGAGGACAAAAAGGACACUUUUUUCUCUGAUGUUGACUACAUUGUAGUGACAGAUACUCCCUGGCUUAGUAACAAACCAGGCAUCACUUAUGGUGCUAGAGGAAACUGCUACUUUUUACUAGAG